AUGACUAGGACCAACGAGCAGAUAGCCCCUGGUGCAGCAAGACCUACAGGGUCACAAGAGAGUCGGGACCUUGCUGAGUUCCGGAAGUGUAAUCCUCCACAGUUUGUAGGAGAUGCGGAUCCAGAAGUAGCUGACCGCUGGAUCCGUGAGCUAGAGAAGAUCUUUACAGUACUGGGAUGUCCUCUAGAGAGGAGGUUAGCAUAUGUUGUGUACAUGCUUGUUGGGGAGGCUGAACAUUGGUGGAGAGGCACCUAUCAGAUGCUUGCUGCUAGAGGAGUUACAGUUGAUUGGGAGUGCUUCCGGACAGUGUUUAUGGAGAAGUACUUUCCAGAAAGCGUGAGGCAUGCCAAGGAGGCAGAGUUUAUGCGACUGCAUCAGGGAGGGAUGAUAGUUUCUGAGUAUGCGAUGAAAUUCGAGUACUUGUACUUGGCUCGUUUUUAUUCGCAAG